CCAACAACAUCGAUAACACUUAGCUUCUUCAGUCUGUGGCAUCUCGAAGCUCUUGUCUUCAAUGGCUUCCCUUAUUAACAUGGUUUCAGUUUCACCAAGAAGAUUAACAUCCACAACAACAAGAACCUCUUCACUUCAAACACGACCAAGUUUUUCACCGUUUUCUGUCUCAUUUCCUAAGAGAAGAUUAACAGUUAGAGCAGCUGAAACUGAUGCAAAUGAAGUUAAAUCUGAGGCACCCGGUACGGCGCCGGCUAAAAAUGGAUCAAGCUUCAAUCAGCUUCUUGGUAUUAAAGGAGCUUCUCAAGAAUCAAAUAUAUGGAAGAUUCGUCUUCAACUGACAAAGCCGGUAACUUGGCCUCCAUUAGUUUGGGGUGUAGUUUGUGGGGCUGCUGCUUCUGGAAAUUUCCAUUGGGAGUUUGGGGAUGUUGCUAAAUCAAUUUUAUGCAUGAUGAUGUCUGGUCCAUUCCUUACAGGAUAUACACAGACUCUGAAUGAUUGGUAUGACCGAGAAAUCGAUGCAAUAAAUGAACCUUAUAGACCGAUUCCUUCUGGUGCAAUAUCUGAGAACGAGGUAAUCACUCAAAUAUGGGUGCUGCUACUAGGAGGUCUUACUUCGGCGGGUAUAUUGGAUAUAUGGGCAGGGCAUGAUUACCCUAUACUUUUUUACCUGGCGUUGGGUGGAUCCCUGCUGUCGUAUAUAUAUUCUGCACCUCCUUUAAAGUUAAAACAAAAUGGAUGGAUCGGGAACUUUGCCCUUGGAGCAAGUUACAUUAGUUUGCCAUGGUGGGCUGGUCAAGCUUUGUUUGGGACUCUUUCCCCAGACAUUAUUGUUCUCACACUCCUUUACAGCAUAGCUGGCUUGGGAAUUGCCAUCGUUAAUGAUUUCAAAAGUGUUGAAGGAGAUAGAGCUCUAGGACUUCAGUCUCUUCCUGUCGCUUUUGGUGAGGAAACUGCAAAGUGGAUAUGCGUUGGCGCUAUCGACAUUACACAGUUAUCUAUCGCUGGAUAUCUACUUGGGGCUGGUAAGCCGUAUUACGCAUUGGCUCUGCUUGCCUUAAUAGUUCCACAAGUCGUAUUUCAGUUCAAGUAUUUCCUCAAGGACCCUGUGAAAUAUGAUGUUAAAUAUCAGGCUAGUGCGCAACCGUUUUUGGUUCUUGGUCUGUUGGUUACUGCUCUAGCAACAAGCCAUUGAUAAAAAGAUGUUGAAGGGACAGUCACACCAGUUAGAAGGAACUUAACAAAUUUGUGGCUUUUGUUAGUUACUUACAUUGAAGAUGCGUGCCAUAGUUUUUGUUUGUCACCCUGCAUACAGGGUUAUUAUUAAGGCUUAUACUCAUUUAACUUUUCUGUUUUUUUCCUCUUUUGUUCAUGUAUCUUCUCGUCCACUUAAGUUUUUGAUGAUUUCUAAGUUAAGGUUGAGCAAAGUAUAUUUUUUAGGAAGCUUUAAAUAAGAACAAUUGUACAAAAUGUAUUGCAGACAUAUUCACAUAUACAAUUCCCUUACAUGGUUUCUUCAUAACUGUGUAAAUAAAUUUCAUGCAUACUUCUCUCA